GGUAGCAUUGCCUCAGUAUAUUUUUUGACAUACUUUACAUUUCAACAGAAAAUUUUUUUGAAAGGAAAACAUGGGAAAAACCACAAACAUAGACUACGAAGCAUUAUACAGAUGGAUCGAUGAAUUCCCAAUAUCGCGACACAAAAGAAACAUUAGUAGGGAUUUCUCGGAUGCAAUUCCACUGGUGGAAAUGCUGAAGCAGAUUUACCCUCGGCUUGUUGAACUGCAUAAUUACACGCCUCGGAAUUCGGUUGCGUUAAAAGUUAUUAAUUGGGAAACACUGAACAAGAAGGUGUUGUCGAAAAUAGGAGUGAACUUGUCGAAGAAAAUGAUUGAUCAGUUGGCGAACUCGAAGCCGGGCCUUAUUGAAAAAGUGCUCAACGAUAUUAAACAGAAAGUCGAAGAACGCGAAAAUCAUAAAAAAGACGGCGGCAAUUCGAUAGUGGUGGAAGGAUUGACUUCAGACAUGUCAGGUACAAUUAUGCCUGUGAAAGAAAAGAACAGCGAUAAAACGAUUGACCACAAGUUAAUACCAGUUGAUUAUAUUGACAAGAUGGAAGCCAAUUUACAAGAAAAGGACGAAGCUGUUGUUAUUUUAAGGAACAAAGUGCAACAUCUAGAAACAUUGUUACACGUUAAAGACGAGAGAAUCAACGAUUUGACACGACAAAUUGAACAACUGAGCGGCAGAUCUAAUACUAGCUUAAAUGAACCAAGACUUGUAAAGAAAUUGUUUUAAUUAAAACUGUUAUAUAUACAUAAUAUGCAAUAGAAUCGUUUCAGGACUGACUUAUAUAAAUUAACUUAUAAAUACA